AUGGGUUUCAAUGUAAUUAGGCUACUGCGCGGAUCAGCUGUAGCAGUGGUUCUGGCCCCCACUGUUUUACUGACAAUGCUUUCUUCUGCUGAACGAGGAUGCCCUAAGGGUUGUAGGUGCGAAGGCAAAAUGGUCUACUGUGAAUCUCAGAAACUGCAGGAGAUCCCUUCAAGCAUAUCAGCCGGUUGCUUGGGCUUAUCCCUUCGCUACAACAGCCUCCAAAAACUUAAGUAUAAUCAGUUCAAAGGGCUCAACCAGCUCACCUGGCUCUACCUUGACCAUAACCAUAUCAGCAACAUUGACGAGAAUGCUUUCAAUGGGAUACGCAGGCUCAAAGAGUUGAUUCUGAGUUCCAACAGAAUCUCUUAUUUUCUUAACAACACCUUCAGACCUGUGACCAAUUUGCGGAACUUGGAUCUGUCCUAUAAUCAGCUCCAUUCUCUGGGAUCUGAACAAUUCCGGGGCUUGAGGAAGCUGCUGAGUUUACACCUCCGCUCCAACUCCCUGCGAACCAUCCCGGUGCGGAUCUUCCAAGACUGUCGCAACCUGGAACUUCUGGAUCUGGGGUAUAACAGGAUCCGGAGUUUAGCCAGGAAUGUCUUUGCGGGCAUGAUCAGGCUCAAGGAACUUCACCUGGAGCACAAUCAAUUUUCCAAGCUCAACCUGGCGCUUUUCCCAAGGUUGGUAAGCCUUCAGAACUUGUACAUGCAGUGGAAUAAAAUCAGUGUCAUAGGGCAAACCAUGUCCUGGACUUGGAGUUCCCUACAGAGGCUUGACCUAUCGGGGAAUGAGAUCGAAGCCUUCAGUGGACCCAGUGUCUUCCAGUGCGUCCCCAACCUGCAGCGCCUCAACCUGGAUUCCAACAAGCUCACAUUUAUUGGUCAAGAGAUUCUGGAUUCUUGGAUCUCUCUCAAUGACAUCAGCCUUGCCGGGAAUAUAUGGGAAUGCAGCAGGAAUAUCUGUUCCCUGGUAAACUGGCUGAAAAGUUUUAAAGGGCUGAGAGAGAAUACAAUUAUCUGCGCCAGUCCCAAAGAGCUGCAGGGGGUCAACGUGAUCGAUGCAGUGAAGAACUACAGCAUCUGUGGCAAAAGCACCACCGAGAGGUUUGACCUAGCCAGGGCGCUCCCUAAGCCCACGUUUAAGCCCAAGCUCCCCAGGCCGAAGCACGAGAGCAAGCCUCCGCUGCCCCCCACGGUGGGAGCUACGGAACCCAGCCCAGAGACAGAUGUGGACACGGAGCACAUCUCCUUCCAUAAGAUCAUCGCGGGCAGCGUUGCCCUUUUCCUGUCGGUGCUGGUCAUCCUCUUGGUGAUGUACGUGUCCUGGAAGCGGUACCCCGCCAGCAUGAAGCAGCUGCAGCAGCGCUCCCUCAUGCGAAGGCACCGGAAGAAGAAACGGCAAUCGCUCAAGCAAAUGACUCCCGGCACCCAGGAAUUUUAUGUAGAUUAUAAACCCACCAACACGGAGACCAGCGAGAUGCUGCUGAACGGAACGGGACCCUGCACCUAUAGCAAGUCAGGCUCCAGGGAAUGUGAGAUACCUUUAUCAAUGAAUGUGUCCACCUUUCUGGCAUACGACCAGCCCACAAUAAGUUACUGUGGGGUCCAUCAUGAACUUCUCUCCCAUAAGUCCUUUGAAACGAACGCACAGGAAGACACGAUGGAAAGCCACCUAGAGACGGAGCUGGACUUGAGCACAAUCACAUCAGCUGGCCGCAUCAGUGACCAUAAACCACAGCUGGCUUGA